CUUCCGGUUCUUGAUCAAUCACUAGCUAACUCAAUCAUCAAUAUCAACCAAUUCUCCAUCAUGACUAUGGCUCCCUCCGCGACUGCCCCUGACUCAACCACCCCCGAGACCGCCCCCGGCCCUUCAACCCAGGUCACUCUAGGAGGCAAAGUCAUCGCCAUCACCGGCGCCAACCGCGGAAUCGGCCUCGGCAUCGCCGAAUGCUGCCUCUCCAACGGCGCCGCAAAGGUCUACUCAAUCGACAUCGGCGAGACAGGGGAUGAAUUCGCGGCCCUGGCCAAGCGGUACCCCGGACAGCUCUUCGCCGUGAACGCCAACGUAACAGAAGAGUCCACCAUCACUGCGGCCGUCGACAAAAUCAUCGAGGAAUCCGGCGCUCUGCACGGAAUGGUCGUCAACGCGGGUCGAACUCACCACAAGGCUGCUCUUGACUUUACCAAGGAGGAGAUCGAGACACUUUUUAAUGUGAACCUGUUCGGUGCUUUUUAUACGGCUCGUGCGGCUGCUCGGGCGUUUGUUAAGCUCGGCAUUAAGGGAUCCGUUGUGUUCACGGCGUCGAUGGCGUCGUAUAGACCUAACAAGCGCGUCCCAUCAACACCCUACGGCGCCUCCAAAGCCGGUGUUCGAAACAUGACCCACACGCUGGCAAUGGAAUGGGCGCAAUACGGUAUCCGGGUUAAUAGUGUCUCGCCGGGCUUGGUAAACACUGCCAUGACUUACUGGGUUCCUCAGCAGCCGGAUUGGGAGCAGCAGCUUAAGUAUUACGGGGGGUUCCCGCGGUUGGCUGAGGUGCAGGAGCUUGGUGGGGCUUAUGUGUAUCUGUUGAGUGAUGCGGCGAGCUAUACGACGUCGAUUGAUAUUCCGGUGAAUGGGGUGAUUGGGAUUUGUUAAAUUGGGGAGAGCGUGAUGGAGAUGGGGCUAUGGGUAUGGUUUAUUGGGGAU